UGUUUGUUUUCAUAAAAUACUUUUAAACGCGAAUUAUUCAUAUUAACUUUAAGUAUAAUUCCUGACUUUAAGUGCCAUUAACAUGAAUGAGCUGGAGAUAGUGGAUGAACGGCCCGACCGGGUCAUAACAAAACAGCUCGAGAAGCCGGGCGACUACAACGUCGUGCCGUACGAAGACGCGCGCUGCAAGGUCCGGCUCAGCGACGUUACCUGCACCAACGCAGCUGGAGACUGCGAGAUAGAGCCCGAGAGCCGGGUGUUCAGUAAAAGCUUCGAUGGUAUAGUUCUAAUCGGUGACUCGGACUCUUUCAUUGAUAAAGAUUUCGAGUUGAUUCUACAGCGUAUGUGCCGCGGCGAGACGUGUACGGCUAAAAUAGUGUAUAAAGAUGCUAAAGGGGAGCUUGUAAAGGAGAUAAGUUGUAAGAUAGAGUUGUUGGAAGCUAUGGAUGAGAUGCUAGUGGCAGAUUGGAGUUGGGAUCGGCUGUACGAGGCGGCUCUGCAUCACAAGGCGCGUGGAGUAGAGCUGGUGAAGCACAAAAGGAUCGCGGACGCCUUCCGUCGCUUCAACAAGGCACUGAAGAUGCUUGUGGCCAUAGAACCCAUUGAUCCGGAGAAGAUUGAUGAGGCUACGGUUAAGGAAAUGGUCGAUACCAAGAUAAAACUGCUCAACAACCUCACACACUGCCAGCUCCACUAUGAGGAGUACCAGGCAGCCUUGGACCUCUGCACCUGCACCCUCAAGUACGACAAGGACAACAUUAAAGCUCUGUACCGCCGGGCCGUAGCCAACUAUGGCCUACAGAAGUAUGAGGAAGCGUGGCUGGACAUCCAGCAAGUGCUCAAACUGGACCCUAAUGACAAGGCAGCGCAGCAGAAAGCUCUGCUGAUAGAACCUAAGAUGAGCACCAUUAAUAAAGAAUAUAAAAAUGUAAUUAAGAAAAUGUUUCGAUAAA